AUGUCACGUCGUGGUGUUGGCCUUGGAGCCUUUGCGAACCGCAACCAAGCAACACAAUCCUACGCUACUCAUGGCGCAAACCUACGCUCUACACAUCUUGCCUCCCUCCAGACCCAGCUUUCGGUUUUCCAAUCUUUACUGCAUACAUUCGCCCUAGAACAUAGCUCUGAUAUCAAAUCCAACCCGACAUUUCGAGCCGAGUUUGCGCGCAUGUGCAACACCAUCGGCGUGGACCCGCUCGCGGCCAGCAACGUCAAGGGCAAGAAUGGCCGUCGUGGACUCGGCGAGGGCGGCAGUUUCUGGACGCAAAUCCUCGGCGGGGACAUGAACGACUUCUAUUUUGAGGUUGCGGUCCGAGUUGUGGAACUGUGUCGGGAGACACGCAGCGAGAACGGCGGGUUAAUCGGUGUGAAAGAGUGUCGAAAGCAAGUCGGGAAGGGGAAGGCGAUCGGGAGUGGGUUGGAAGUCACCGACGACGAUAUACUACGCGCAGUCCGAUCUCUUGAGCCUCUUGGCUCUGGCUUUUCCAUCAUCCUCGUCGGCAGCAAGCAGUAUAUCCGGUCGAUCCCCAAGGAGCUGAAUACUGACCAGGCCGCUGUACUUGAAGCCAUCCAAGUCCUUGGAUACGUGAGCGUUUCGAUGUUGCGGCUGAACCUCAAGUGGGAAAAGGCUCGUGCGCAGACUGUCAUCGAUGAUCUCCUUGCCGAUGGUCUGGUGUGGUUGGAUGCCCAGGGCCCGGAGAAAGAAUACUGGUCACCUCAAAAUCUGCUCGAUGAUAGUGGAUAG